UCGCAUUCUGACAGCAAAAACAGUCGCAAGCCGAUCACGCAUCAAAACAACGCGCUCUCGCGCAACGCAAGCUGCAGCCGAAGUUCAUUUUUGUUUACGCCUUUUCUUGCUGGAAUUUCCUGCGGGCAAAGGCGCGGAAAUUACCGUUAAUUAAAAGUGCGCGCGUGCCGGAAAUGGCACCAACCAAACAGCUGCAGCAGCACCACACCGUGAGCACCAUGUUUCAGCUGAGCACCAACUACGAGGAACUGAAUGUGAUUGGCACAGGAGCAUACGGAACCGUUUAUAAGGCACGUGACCUCAGCAAUGAAGGCAACAUAGUUGCGCUGAAGAAAGUAAGGGUGGCCUUGACGGAGGACGGGGUGCCAAUGUCGACGCUGCGGGAGAUUGCACUGCUGAAACAGCUCGACGCAUUUCAGCAUCCGAAUGUUGUUAAACUGCUUGACGUUUGCCAUGGACCGCGUCUGGAGCGAGAAGGGCAACUUGUCCUGUUUCUGGUGUUUGAACAUCUCGAACAGGACCUGGAUGACUACAUUAAACGGCUUCCUCCCGGCGGAAUGCCUCGGAUGACCAUUCAGCGUCUAUCGCGCGAGCUCCUGACCGGUGUCGAUUUCCUGCACUCCCAUCGAAUCAUCCAUCGCGACCUGAAGCCGCAGAAUCUCCUCAUAUCGGCCCAAGGUCAGCUGAAACUGGCCGAUUUUGGAUUGGCCAAGACGUACGAUUUCGAAAUGAAGCUAACCACCGUGGUUGUAACGUUGUGGUACCGUGCUCCGGAGGUGCUGCUCGGCGAACCCUACCACAGUUCGGUUGACAUCUGGAGCUCGGGCUGUAUCAUUGCGGAGAUGUUCCAACGGGUGGCAUUGUUUCCGGGUACCUCGGAAGGCAAUCAGUUGGAGAAAAUAUUCGAAUUAACGGGAAGACCGUCGGAAAGCCAAUGGCCGCGUGGCAUUUCGGUGGCGCGGGAAAACUUCCGACCGACCCAGCAACGUGAACCCCGUCAGCUGUGCUCGAAACUGUGCGAUUUUUCCAACGAUCUGCUCAAGAAAAUGUUGGCCUUCAAUCCACGGGAGAGACCUUCGGCCCUGCAGUGUCUUCAGCAUCCCUACUUCACGCAGGAACCGAUGUGAACAGAAUUCACUCACGAUAUAUUUGAACUAGAAAUGGUGGUACAAAUCAGCCCCGAGCACGCUGCACACUGCCAUACACACGCAAGACCCAGACUAGACACGUAAGUAAUAACGUACAGAUUUCUAAUGAUUAUAGGUUUCAUACACGUAGCAACUAGCGAUUUCUCUCCGGAUCUCGGAUGGGAAAAAAUCGAAACUUGCGUUUAGGGUAAGAUUUGACAGUGAUGUAGAAUCACAUGUGAGAAUAUUUUCCAUGCUUUAACAUUUUUCAGUUCAAUCAAUUGUGACAAACAAUGCAUUUUGUACGAAAUUAUAGUACAUACACAAAAGA